CGACGACUCCUGCUCCUGCUCGAUCGUCUUCACAUCCCUCUACCUCACGUCCUCACCUGGCCAGGGCCCGGCGGCCGGGUUAAUCCAAGGCGCGCGCGCGUGCAUGGCAGAGGCCGGUGGCGGUGGCGUCGACCAGGACGCCGGUAGCCUGCCGAGCCACACCAACGGUGUUGGCGGCGGCGGCAGCAGCACGUGGGAGAUAGAGGAGCUGGAGCCGGAUGACGGAAGACCGCCGCGGAGCGUCCCGGUCGCCGACGACGUGUACGUGGCGGUCGGCAGCGGCGGCUCCAGCAUGGCGGCUCUGUCCUGGGCGCUGCGCCGCCUCGCCAAGCCGCGCAGCUUCGUCUACCUCGUCCACGUCUUCCCCGUCGUCACCAGCAUACCCACCCCAUUAGGAAUGAUGCCUAAGAGCCAAGCAAGCCCGGAGCAGAUCGAAACGUACCUGAACCAAGAGAGAUCGAAGAGGCGAGACAUGCUGCAGAAAUUCUUGGACCAGUGCCGCGAGAUUCAGGUUACCGUUGACGUCUACCUCAUCGAAAGUGAUCAGAUUGCUAACGCGAUCAUCGAGCUUGUUCCUGUUCUUCGCAUAAGUCAACUGGUACUAGGCGUCUCAAAGUCAAAUGUGCGGAAGCUGAAGAAAGGAACCACGAUAGCAGGACAGGUACACAAGGGCGCACCUCUCUACUGCGAAGUCAAGAUCAUCUGCGACGGCAAAGAGGUGACGACUGCUGACCCAACGCCACCGCUGUCACCUUCCCCUGUUAACAACAACAGCAGCAGCAGCAGAUCCAACAACCCGACACCACCGUCGUCUACGCCGAAUCAUGAUACAACAGCUGCAAACGGUGACAGGAAAGACAGAGAAAGAAGGAAAAUCACAAAGUUCCUGAGAUGUUUCUCGCUAUGAAUUUGUGCCCACAUUCCUGCUUCAUUAAUUUACCUUCUCAGAGCUAGCACAUUUGUAUGCAUCGUGAUUGGGCAUCGUAAUUUUGUGAUCAACAUUUUUACUAAUGUUUUUGUUACACGAAGUUCUUGGUUUCUUGUGUAGACAAAUGAGAUUUUCAUGUAUGUGCGGAAACACUUUAGCAUUUUUUUC